AGUGGAACGUUAUGUAGUAAUAGACAUAUAAAUAUUAACCGACUGGUUGUUGAAAUCAAGUAACGCUAUGAUGUACAUCAUCUUGUGUGUUGUUCUUUUUGGCGGUGCUCUCGCCGAUAAUCGAGCAAGUGUGACGCAGAGUUGGAAUGGCGGGUUCAAGGGAGACAUCACUGUUCAUGGGGAGCUACACGACUGGAGAGUACAUCUCAAGUUUGACCGACCUGUUAAUAAUGUAGAGGUAUAUAAGUUAUCAGUGGAAGGAAGAAAUAGUGAUGGAACAGAGUUCACCCUGCGUCCUCUAACGGAUUUCUCAAAUCUAGCUGCCGGUUCUUCCUUGACGUUUCUUUUUGUUGUCCGACAGAAUGGUGAUCAAGUACCGUAUGUAACGUAUACAGUUGAUGGUAAAAAGAGUGACAAAACAACAACUACAACAACAACCCAGAAAACUACCACAACCACUAGACCACCCACCUCGACAACUAGCACAACGUCUCCAGUUUCAAAAAUGAAGUACGAUUAUAAGGAAGCCCUCAGAUUGUCCAUCCUGUUUUAUGAUGCUCAAAGAUCUGGAAGACUUCCUCCAUACAACCCGAUACCAUGGCGUGGAGAUUCCGCUCUAAGUGACGGUGCAGACGGCCAUGACCUGAGCGGAGGGUGGUAUGACGGUGGAGACCAUGUAAAAUUUGGUCUGCCAAUGGCUUGGUCAACAUGGGUGUUAUUGUAUGGUAUGCUAGAGUUCAAGGACGGAUAUGUGUCCGCCGGUCAGAAGGACAUGGCAUGUGAUAUGAUCCGAAUUCCGCUAGAAUACUUCCUAAAAUGUUGGAUUCCCGAUCAACAGACACUUUAUGUUCAGGUAGGAGAUGGUCAUACCGAUCACGGCUACUGGGGUAGACCAGAAGACAUGAAAAUGAAUCGUCCCGUCUACAAAGUCACAACCUCGUGUCCCGGAAGUGACGUAGCUGGUGACACCGCCGCAGCAAUGGCGGCCGGAUAUCUCGUAUUCAAAGACAUGUGCGCAGAUACAAGAUUUUCUGACAAACUUCUAAACGCAUCAAAGAGUUUAUACGAAUUUGCCAAGAACAAUAGAGGGAUUUACUCAGACUGUGUGAUACAAGCAAAGGAUUUCUAUGAAUCCACCAGCGAAGUGGAUGAUUUGGCGGUUGCCGGUGCAUGGCUGUAUAUUGCCACGAAUAAACAAUCCUACCUAGAUGAUGCCAAAGGCUUUUAUCCAGCAGAUAAAGCGUGGACUUUCAGCUGGAAUGAUGCUAACGCUGGCGCUGCUUUGUUGUUGUAUAACAUAACAAAAGACGUUCGAUAUAAAACGGAUAUUAAAAGUCUUGUGCACUCGUUUCAACCGGGUGGAGAUGUACCAAUUACCCCGUGUGGACUGGCCUGGAGAGACCAGUGGAGUCCUAAUGGGCACGCUGGAAAUGUAGCGUUUGUAGCAACGCUGGCAGCGAAAUACGGAAUUCAGUCCGAGACAUUUAAGAAGUGGGCUCUAUCACAGAUUAACUAUUUUCUUGGUGACAACAAAUUAAACAUAAGUUAUGAGAUCGGAUUCGGAAAUAACUUUCCUAAAAGACCCCACCAUAGAGGGAGUUCCUGUUCUAUCAACGGCGCAUGCGCGAGCGGAAACGAUACAAACCCAAAUAUCCUGAAAGGCGGAUUAAUUGGAGGACCUGGUCAGUGGGAUAACUUUGAUGACAGGAGGGAUAACUAUGUUCAAAACGAGAUAGCGUGUGAUAAUAACGCUGGUUUUCAGUCGGUCUUAGCAGGUUUCUUGCAAUUUGCACAAAAUGGAAACCUACCUCCAUCUCCAGCUCGCAAGUGUUAGAUGCCACGCGAUCUCCAUCAUUUACUAAAAUAAUUGUAGCGAAAUGUACACCGAAAAUUAAUUUAUUUUGAAUGGACUGAAUGUUCAGCAUUCAGCUAAAUAUAGAAUAGCGAUU